UGAACGAUCCUGCAGCCUGUCACAAAACAUUGAUCAGUUAAUCCGAAAUCACGUCUUUGUUCUCAGCUGUUUGGCUCAGAGUGUCAGGAUGAUGAAGAUCCUUCACAGCGACAGUUUGAAUCUGAGCUGGGCCCUGAUAACUCCUCGGUCCUGUCUGAGGUCUAUGAAUCUGCUCUCAGGUUCCUGCUGAUUCAUGGAAAUACUUUGAGAAGUACUCUACAUAAGAGCACAACAUGCCAGGAUGAAGUUGUGGGAGGGUUUGAUUCCGGCACAUCACGGUGGCGCCUUUGAGGACAUCCAACUGGAAGUCUUCUGAUGAUGUGCUCAACGUGGGCGGAGUCAAACGUCUGACGUCCUCUGAUUCUCCCUCCGUCCAGCAGGUGGCGGUGACGCAGCAUGAAACUAAUGGAACCAGGAACAAGAAGAAGUUGUUUAAUGGCUGACUGUUAAAAUCAUUGUUUUGAGCCUCGUGGAAGAACCUUGUUCUGUUUGAAUCUUCACCGCGAGGAGCCGCUGAUUAUUUGCGGUACGACAUGUACCGUGGUCGGCCUCCUCCGAGGGGAGGCUACCCGCCGCCGUCCGAUGGCCGAGGACCGCGGCCUCCGCGGCCUUACCCGGCUCCGGACUACCGAGACGACAGGAGCCGGCCCAGACCUCCGUACCACCACGGCCAUCCCGAACACGGUCCACCGGACUCAUACCGCCGGUCCCCCCCGCGCAGGAGGUACCCGUCCCCCGGACCAGGGAGCCACCGAGGCGCAGAGCACUGGGCUGGAGGUCCCCCGAGAGAGAGGUCUCUGUCACCACGUGGCCCAAUUCCCAUCGACCACAACCUGGUUAUCACUGUUGGCAACGAGCUGACGUCAGGGUCUGGCUCCGCCUCUUCACACCAUCAUGACAGAGACUUCCCUGCUCGACCUGAGUAUGAGCGGGGCCGGAGCAUGGACCGCGGUCCGGACAGAAGCCGAGCCAAGAGUCGGCCCCGCAGCCAGAACCGGAGUCCAGACCGAGGCCGGGCCAAGAGUCGAGGUCGGAGCAAGAGUCGGCCCCGCAGCCAGAACCGGAGUCCAGACCGAGGCCGGGCCAAGAGUCGAGGUCGGAGUAAGAGUCGGCCCCGCAGCCAGAGCCGGAGUCCAGACCGAAGCCGGGCCAAGAGUCGAGGUCGGAGUAAGAGUCGGCCCCGCAGCCAGAGCCGGAGUCCAGACCGAAGCCGGGCCAAGAGUCGAGGUCGGAGUAAGAGUCGGCCCCGCAGCCAGAGCCGGAGUCCAGACCGAAGCCGGGCCAAGAGUCGAGGUCGGAGUAAGAGUCGGCCCCGCAGCCAGAGCCGGAGUCCAGACCGAAGCCGGGCCAAGAGUCGAGGUCGGAGUAAGAGUCGUGCUUUCAGCAGGUCUAGAUCCAGGUCCCGUUCUAAAGGGAGGAGCAGAGGGAGGAGUUUCAGCAAAGUAGCGAGUCAUGGCCGCAGUAGAAGCCGCAGUGAGAGCAGCAGCUCCAGCUCAAUCUCGAGCAGCCGCAGCAACAGUGGAGAUGAAAGAUACAAGAAAGGCUUUAAAGAGCUGGAGAUGGCUCGACGCAGGAAAGAGCUGGAGGAGAUUCUGAGCCUGCCGACAAAAUCCAUCCUGAAGAAACGCUACGACUCACCAUCAAUCCAGAAUGUAGACUCCCCCCGUGGCCUCGACGGCUCCAACGUGCCUUGUGUGGCCGACCAGAUCCUGCAGGCGGUUAAAGGCAUGGACCCUCAAAUGGUGGCGUCCGUUUUGUCGGAGCUGGGGUCUGACCCGCAGACAGUUCAUCAUGCUGGGUUUGACACUGAGAUCAAAGAAAUCCUCAACCUGUUGGAGGGGGCAGGGGUCAAGACCCAGAUGAAGGCUGUGGACGACAUCGAUGAUGAGGAGAAGUUCCUGUACGGAGACUCUGAGGAGCCCAAACCUCCACCGGUGUCCGAGCCGGUCCGACACCAUGGGCUAGAUAUGUACGGAGAUGUGACGGAGGAGGCGCUGUACGGAGAUUACCCCCAAACAAAAGCCACCAUCGUUCAGACCUUUGGCCUCCCCCCAGGGGCCUCAUCUCACCUCCAGGCCCCAUCCACCACAGAAGAGCUGGACCCAAAGAACGCUAGUUGUUCCAUUAUCAGCCCGGACCAGAACACAGCAGUACAGGUGUCAAACCCAGCCCAACCCUCGGGUACGGAGUCACUGGAGGAGUAUGAGAAGAUCCAGGACCUGCUGAAGACCAUUGGCCUCGACUUGGGUGUCACAGAGAUCAGCAAUAUGGCUGCUAGGACCAAGGAGCGUCUCCACGGAAACAAGCCUGCGAAGGCGCCCACGCGUCGCAGGCGGUACUCCUCUGACAGCUCGCACGGCAGCCAAGGUCGCAGGAGGCCGAGCCGGAGCGGCAGUUCCAGCAGCAGGAGCAGGAGUCGCAGCUGGGGGGGGAAACGGGGGAAGAGUUGGAGCAGUGACGACAGCUGCAGGAAGUCGGCUCCAAACAAAUCUGUCAAAGACGAGACAAAUGUCGAACAGAAAAUCACAGCCCCGCCACCACACAACGAACUGCUGCCACAGAUCCCUGACCCCCAGACCCUCCCUCCUCAUUCUGGGGUGCCCAUACCCACCUACCCCCCCCCACAGGUCCAUGGUAUGAUGCCCCCUAAUUACCCCCCACCAGGUUAUGGCCAGUAUGGAAACUACCUGCCCUACAUGCACCAGCAGUGGCCACCUCUGUACCCACCCCCCAACAUUAGCCUGCCCCCCCAGACCGGCUCCGACGAGUUCCCUCCAGCUCAGCAGUACCAAGAGCCCUACCAUAAACUGGCCUCUGAGCCAGAGGCCAAAGGUUCCGUGAAGACAUUAGCUCAGGACAGAGAGAAGAGCGUCUCGAAACUCAGCAGCUACGACAGGAAAGUGUCUGAGGAGCAGAACAAUGAGAGUCAGAAACAAAAGGUUUUGGAAGAGCGGGAGAAGCUGAAACACGAGAGGGAGGUGAGGAUGAAGAAGAAGGAUUAUCUGAUGAAGGAGCUGGAGAGACUCAGAAAGCAACAGGGUGAGCUCUUGAGGAAGAAGCGCAGGGAGAAAGAAGGUCACAAAGACCCUCUGCUGCAAGAGAUCAGCCGACUGCAGGAGGAGGUCAUGACUCAGAUCUCUAACCUCCGCAAGGAGCAUGAGGCCGCCGAGAAGAAACGUAACGAGAUCGACAAAGUGGCGCUCAUCCUUGGCCUCAGCCCGGCCGACCGGCCACGCAGAGUCAGCAAACCAACUGAAGACCAGAGCGUUCCGCCGCCAGAGAAGAAGAGACGAGAGGCAGAGAGUCCGGAGGGACGACAGGCGUCUAGCAGCUCUACGUUAAAGAACUCAGCAGCGCCGCCAUCUAUGUCGCAGAGAGCGACACCUGUCAGCGCCCCACCUGCGACCCCUCCCCCAGAGCCGUUUGAAUACUAUGACGCUGGAAACCACUGGUGCAAAAACUGUAACGUCACCUCCGGCUCCAUGUUUGAUUUUUUCACGCACUUGCAAAGCAAAACCCAUCGAAAGACUCUUGACCCGUACGACCGGCCCUGGGCCUCCACAUCAACCAAAAUCAUCAAGAACACGCCACCGGAGGAGAAACUGACUAAACCUGCCAAAGGUUCGGAGUUCCUGCAGCCCGUCCGAGGAUUCUUCUGCCUAAUCUGUAAAGAGUUUUAUGGAGACGCCAUCUGUGCAGAGGAGCAUGUCACCACGCACGCUCACAACGAGAAAUACAAGAAACAAAUGUAUGAGAAUCCGCUGUAUGAACAGAGAAGGAACCUGGAUCGACAGGCGGGACUAGGCGUGGACACAGGUGGAAAGAAACGCAAGCAUGACGCCGACGCCGACGAGAAAAGCAGCAAAUACAAGGAGGAAAAGGCCAAACACAAAAAAGAGAAGAAAGACAAAGAGAAAAAGAAUGAAGAUGACAAUGCUGCUCUGAAGGAAGAAAAAUCUAUAUUCAAAAAGGAGGAGGAGGAGCAUAGACUGAAAGACAACAAGACAGGGGAGGAUUUUAAAAGUACCAAGAAUCUGGAAGAGGAGCGAUCUUCUAACAUUAAGAAAGAUGAGGACGAAAACUAUAAAUGCAACAAAAGGGAAGAUAAAUACCACUACAGCGAAGAGGAGAGGGGUGACCGACACAGAAACAGCAGAGCAGAAGAGCUUCGCUACCGGCAUCGCAAUAACGACGAUGAGAGAUAUUAUGACCGCCCAAAAUAUGGUAUGAGAGAGGAUGAUGAAGAAAAGUAUAAAUACAGUAAAUAUCCUUCAGACUCAAUAUCCAAAUAUGACAAAGAACGAGAUGAAGGUAACCCCAAGACUCGGAGAGAAGCGUUUAAAAAGCCUGAGCUUGGGAAACCAGCAGGGAAACCAGAGGUCACCAAACCUGAACCUCAACCAAAGCCCUACGACCCGCCCAAAAUCUUUUGUGGUCCCAGUCCUGCCAUGAGGGCCAAGCUCCGCAAACAGAGCCUGGAGGCUGGCAAGCCCGCCCCAGCAGUCACAGCCCCGACAUUUGGAAAGUUCACUUGGAAGAAGAAGGAGAACACGCUGACAAAGGUUGCUGAGAAAAUCGCUGCUGAGUUCAUCAAGGAAGAUGAAGCAGCUGCAAGCCUACAGCUAGUCUGUGUGGAGGAUUCUUUUGCUAAAUCUGUAGCUGUUGCUAAAGAGAUUGCAGAGAAGCUUGGGGGUAACCCGCCAAUGCCUCCUCCUUGGGUGUCCAAUGGAGCCAACCGAGGAAGAAUCCGGCCCAACCUCCCAGCCCCUGCUGCAGUCUUGAGGAAAACGACCAUGAUGGGUAAACCUGCACCUCUGAAUACCUUUCUCUCAAUCAGACCCCAAAACACAACUUUACAAGGACCUCCUCUAAAAGACCUGCCGCUGAUCUCUGAUGGUCUCUCAAAAGCUCGAAGUGCUCAAAACGCAUUGGAAGUUAAAUCUCCACCUAAACCGUUAGAAGUUAGUCUUCCAUUGCCAGUGUCCAUACAAUCCCCAAUUGAGGUUAAACCUGCACCAGCAGUUUCUGAGUCAGUGUCAACUGAGGCUAAGCCCACACUCACUCAAGCUAAGGCUACACCCACUCCGAUCAAGGCCACACCCACUCAGAUCAAGGCCACACCCACUUCGAUCAAGGCCACACCCGCUCAAGCUACGGUCACACCCACUCCGAUCAAGGCCACACCCGCUCAAGCUAAGGCCACACCCACUCCGAUCAAGGCCACACUCCCUCAGUUCAAGGCCACACCCAUUCAGGCCAGUUCCACAGAACCAGAGGGUAGACCUCAGUCAUCUGUGGCUCCUCCUGCUUCCUCGGAGGCCAAACCUCCACAAUCAAUGGUGGUAAAGAUAGUGUCUGACGUUGCAGCGCCUGGUGUCCCAGAGAACGAGCAAACUCGUACUGUGUUCGUCAAGCCUCCACCUUUUAUGAACAUGACUGACAGAUUUCCGAAGUCUGAGAAACUGAAGAGUAACCUGGCUGCAGCCAAGGCCAGGGAAUUAUUUGGCAUCUUCUACAGUGGCAUCAGCCAAUCGGGUCCUUCUUCCAUCACAAAAUCCGACUCCAGAGCUGACAAGAAUAGCCCUCUUCCACUUCCAGCUCCUCAAGGACUAAAUCUACAACCUCCGGCCGAAACCCAGUUCCAACCUACAACUGACGUCCAGACAUCACCACAACCAGACUCAACCAGUUACUCACCAAAUUCCCAAUCCAAGAUUAAAUCUGAAAUUCAGAUUGCUUCAGUUUGGUCCUUGAAGUCUGGCCCUGCUCCAACACCAGAGGAGACUCUUUCUGAAACGCCCUCAGCAACAACUCAACCAAAACGGACUCCUUCACCUCAGAUAGAGACUCAGAGUGUAACUCAAAUCGAGUUCCAAAUUCCCCUACAAACUGAAAGUGCCGAGCCCGAUUCAACACCUCAAACUCUGCUGAAAUCAGCUCAGGACUCCCGGUCUCAUACAGAGUCCAAUCCUGAUGCAACUCCAGAACCUGAACCCAAAGCAAGCCCCAAAACUAGAGGCAAGAAAACUCCCCCUGCCUCCGGCCCUGUCAGACAAACUCGAUCCCAAACCAGAUACCAGACUCGGCGGCAGCAGCAACAGCAGGGCCAGUUUGAGCUACAAUCAGAGAUAGCUUCAGGGAACUCUGAAUCAGCAGUUUCCGACCCAAAAAUUCUGGACACAUCGGACCCAGACACUGGGUCUCAGUCAGAGGAGGGGAACCCCAGUGAGGUAGACCCUCAAGUGAUGGAGAUCACCACUGAAACACUCGGCCUCCCCUCUGACAUGACCUCCUUGGACUUUGAGUAUGAUUUUAACUUUGAGUAGAGUUGACUGGACCUUAUGUAAUAUAUUGGGGGCAAAAGGGUCAUGGACAGUUUCUGUGGUUCACAAUUUAUUAAAGUUCUGCUGCAUGUGAGAAUUGCGACUCUUAAAACACUGCAUCUGUUAAAAGGACCAGUUGGCGUCUUCUCUAGUCACAUGACUCAGGUUUCACCUGAGCAUCCAGAACAAUCUUGUCUCAGGUGUUUGAGUCUUGAGUGAACAACUGGCUGCCGCUCUGUUUUUCACCAGUUUACUGAUCCUGUGAACAAUUGUGUUCUUACAUCGUAAAACACCUGAUUAAUCAUAAAUUGGUCAAUCGUCACUUUUACUUUGAUCUCAUAUAGAAAAUGUUGUUUGAACAAAACAAGGAAUUUAAUUCUACUCUUGAUUCCUUUCUGAGGUUUAUUAAUUAGUUAAUGAAGAAAUCCAUUAAAAUGUAAUAGACUGAGAAUUUGUUUUUUUUUCAUUUCUUUAUUCAGGUCAUUUUAUUGUAAUUGUCUUGAAUCAUUGGAAACAAGCAUUUCCUUAGAAUUAGUCAUCGUUAGCUUGACAGACAGAAACUCUUCAAAAUGGUUUAAUGGUAGAACUAUAUAGCCGAAGGUGUGUGGACAGCUGCAGGCUGUGAGCAGCACUUCGGUGACUGGAGGAAAAAAUCCUUCAUUCACUGGAAGAAACCUCUAGAACCAGACUCAAUGGGGGGGGGGUGCCUCGACCAGUUGUGGUGAGCAGGUAAAAAUAGGGAGGAGAGAGGGGAGAGAGAGAUGAGGGGGAGGAUAUAUGAUUUGUUCUUGUUAACUACAGAAUGCAGGUUAGUUCAUAGACAGAUUUAUGUUGACUGGGUUUGAUUGUUUAAACUUGGAACCUGAAGGUUUGUGAAACAGCCUUGGUUCUAGAAACCUUGAUCAACUGCAGAUCCCUGCUGUCCACGUACUUUUGGUCAUUUUUUGGUCAUUUUUUGUAUACCAGGCUCCUCAGACAUCACCCGAUAAGAGUUUCAAAAGUAUGGGACUGUUCAUUUAAAGAUCGCAGCGCUAUCAUGUUCUUAUGCUCCUGAAGGUGAUGUCCUGUAGCCCCUCCUCCACUUGCAGGUAAUGUCCUGAAGCUCCUCCUCCUGCAUACUGCUUGUCUUCUGUUAAGUUGCUCGACGACGAAGAAGUCACGGACCAAUUAGAGAAGCCGAAGUAGUCAGAUGUACUUUGUCGUGUUGGGAACCCUGUUCUGACGUGUUAGAAUAGGAAAAACUGCUUGUCUUGUAAAACCUGUUGCUUUAAAUAAAGUUUUAUUAAAAGUUAGUGAAAACAGGAA